AUGACUACAAUGGAUCUUCGCGUCGGUAACAAGUACCGUAUUGGCCGCAAGAUCGGCUCUGGUUCUUUUGGUGAUAUCUACCUGGGAACCAACAUCAUUUCGGGUGAAGAGAUUGCUAUUAAGCUAGAAUCCGUCAAAGCCAAGCACCCUCAGCUUGAAUAUGAAGCCCGCGUUUACAAAUCUCUCGCUGGAGGUGUCGGUAUUCCAUUUGUUCGAUGGUUCGGCACCGAGUGUGACUACAAUGCCAUGGUCCUGGAUCUGCUUGGUCCUAGCUUGGAGGAUCUUUUCAACUUCUGCAACCGAAAGUUCUCCUUGAAGACCGUGCUUCUUUUGGCUGAUCAGCUUAUCUCCCGUAUUGAGUAUAUUCAUGCCAAGUCGUUUAUCCACCGUGAUAUCAAGCCUGACAAUUUCCUCAUGGGAAUUGGCAAGCGUGGUAACCAGGUCAACGUAAUCGACUUUGGUCUGGCCAAGAAAUACCGAGACCCCAAGACUCACUUCCACAUUCCUUACCGUGAGAAUAAGAACCUGACAGGCACAGCUCGUUAUGCCUCCAUCAACACUCAUUUGGGUGUCGAACAAUCUCGCCGCGAUGACAUGGAAUCUCUCGGUUAUGUUAUGCUAUAUUUCUGCCGUGGUUCUCUUCCAUGGCAGGGCUUGAAGGCUGCUACUAAAAAGCAAAAGUACGAUCGUAUCAUGGAGAAGAAGAUGACUACACCGACCGAAGUUCUUUGCAGAGGCUUCCCCAACGAGUUCGCCAUCUAUCUCAACUACACUCGAUCCCUUCGUUUCGACGACAAGCCCGACUAUAGCUACCUACGCAAGAUUUUCCGGGAUCUUUUCGUCCGCGAAGGUUUCCAGUACGAUUACGUUUUUGACUGGACAGUGUACAAGUACCAGAAGAACGCACAGGCCAUUGCACAGGCUGCUGGUCAGGGUGCCGAGGAGGACGAGAAGCGUGCUCGUACGAAUGCCAAUGUCACUGGUGUUAAUUCACAAGCUAAUGCUAUUAAAGCCAACGCGAUUCCCAGCACCCGACGUAAGGUGAUUGAACGCGGUCCUCAGGGCGUUGACACUCCCGAAACCAACCGAGCCGUCGGGGGAAGCGACAGGAUGCUGCGCUCAGCUUCCAAAGUUCAAGGAACAGGUUCCGGAUAUGCAUCUGGCUCUUACCGCCCCAAAUGA